AACGUCUGCUCAUCCUGGCUCUGCUACAUGUCAACAAAGACUUAAAAUCUGUUUGUGCUUUUCAGUUUCUAUCAAGAUUUAGAAAAGUCAUGCUGAAAUAUGGUCUGUUUUUGUGAUGGACUCGUGCAGAUGGGCGGCUGAGCUGUAGCAAGUGAAUUCAGGAGGUAGCACUCCGACUCAUGAGGCGGAAUUUGGGGGAUACUGUGACAUUAUUUUCAUAGCUUUGCUCAGCAGAAGCGGCUGGUGCAUGACGUCCAUGUUAUUUUAGGACGACCUCCACCUCGGAGCGGCGCGGCCUGAGAUGAGCAGAUAAGAGGAUGAGGAGGGGUAGACCACCGUUACAGGAAGUUCAUGACCAUGAGGUCAGAGGGACACGGCCUGUCUCUGGGAUUUGCAGCCGCUGGUUUCAACCGGAAUUCUUGGAAAAGUUUAUCUUCCCUUUGUUGCUGUGAGAUAAGUGCUAAUCAUCUCCCUUGUUAUAAGAAAGCUGCCGUCAGUGUGACACACUGUUGACCGUUCCAGUGCAAACAAAACACCCACUGUCACACUCGCCCUCUGAAGAUAUCGGCGGGAAACUUGGACACAAUGAGUGGAGCGGAGGACUUUGGCCGUCAAAUAUUGACUCGGGCCGCGAGUGGGAUGGUGGUAACGGCUCUCUCUGUGCGCUGUCUGCAGGAAGGUCUGGGAGCGAAGAUGGAGGAGGGAUACGAGCUGGACCUGACCUACAUCACAGAGCGGAUCAUUGCCGUGUCCUUCCCGCGCGGCUGCUCGGAGGAGAUCUACGCUCACAACCUGAAGGACGUCACCCGCAUGCUCAAGUCCAAGCAUGCGGACAAUUACCUGAUCAUCAACCUGUCAGAGAGGAGACAUGACCUCUCCAGAAUGAACCAGAAGACGCUGGACACAGGCUGGCCCGACCUGCAUGCUCCACCUCUGGAUAAGAUCUGCACCAUCUGCAAAGCCAUGGAGAGCUGGCUGAACGCCGACCCGCUUCACGUGGUGGUCAUCCACUGCAGGGGUGGGAAAGGCCGCAUCGGUGUCAUCAUUUCCUCCUUCGUCCACUUCACCGACGUCUCCGCCAGUGCUGACCAAGCGUUGGACCGCUUCGCCAUGAGGAAAUACUACGAUGAUAAGGUCUCAGCGUUGAUGACACCUUCGCAGAAGCGGUACGUCUGGAUCCUCAACAGCCUUCUGAGCGGCUCCAUGAAGAUCAACGCGUCGCCCUUGUUCCUGCACUGCGUCAUUCUUCACGGGAUGCCGAACUUCGACUCCACCGGAGUCUGCAGACCGUACAUCAAGGUGUACCAGGGCAUGCAGGCGGUCUACUCCUCUGGAGUCUAUCACGUGGGCGCGGGCCACAGGGGUCGGAUUUGUGUCGUCUUGGAGCCUGCGCAGCUUCUCAAAGGAGACAUCAUGAUCAAGUGCUACCACAAGAGCGAGAUCACGGCCGAGCGGCAGGUGAUAUUCCGGCUGCAGUUCCACACGGGAGCCGUGCAGGGCUACAACCUGAUGUUCGAGAAGGAGGACAUGGAGAGCGCCAACAAAGAUCCCAGAUUUCCCGACUACGGGAAAGUGGAGCUGGUGUUUUCCGAGGGGCCGGAGAAGAUUCCAGGAGCUGAAAGAUGGCAUAACGGCGUGGAUGUUGUGGUGGACUACAACACGGCCGACCCCCUGACGCGCUGGGACUCCUACCAGAACAUCUGUGACGGCGAAGCACCACGUUUGCAAGCCAUAGCCCAGGACAAGGCAACCGCCAAGAGGACCCCCAACGGAGGAGACGCAACGCUCGCCCGAGGCACCCGCACGACUUCCGCCACUUCCAGCCCGGACCACAGUGACCACGCCCUCUCUGUCAGCAGCGACUCUGGCCUGUCUAGCACUUCCCUGUGGGCAGAUAAACCCACUCCCGUCCCUGCCGCCGCCGCCGCCACCACUGCUGCCGCGGCGAAGCACAACCAGGGUCCCAGCCAGAAGGAGAAGGUUCAGCUGAAGCGUCUUCUAAGUGGGUUUGGAGUGGAGGACCCUUCCCUCGAAGAGAUGGAUGACCAGGAGUCUAAAACGGGCAUCCAGCAGAUCGUACCGGCUCAAGUGCACAUCAACGGCGAUCCCCGCCCUCAGGAGAGGGAGACCGACAUCUUAGAUGACGAAGUCAUCACAGGUCAUGAUUUACACAGUGUGGACAGCCUUGGGACGUUGUCUUCCUCCUGCCACAAGAGCAGCCAGAACUCUCUGCUGUCAGAUGGCUUCAGCAGCCCGGCAGGAGAGGAGCAGAGCCAGCACCAUACUGCUGGACCUCCUCCCAUGGAGGAGUAUGAGAGAAACUAUACCGACACUCGAGUGGGUCGUCUUGGCUCGAGGAGCAACUCUGUGGCUUCCUCUAAUCCCAGCAGUGCGUCCAUGCCAAAGCAGCAUGUCUACAGACAAGGGAGCUACUCCACACAGUCCUGGGUCCGCCAACAGCAGAUGGUUGCCGCACAACAGUUCGUCUACAUGCCAGAGGAUGGAAGUGACGCAGAACGAUACCCUGAAAACAAACAGGCCAAUCCGCUUCCAACAGAACUGUCCAAAAAUAAGCCGGACACCAACAGGGACGGGGACACUUUGAGAAGCUCGGACCUCAGCAAGGAUCGAGCCACGCUCAACAACAACAACAACAACAAAAGAGACGAGGAGUUCAAAACCCUCACCAUGGACAUCGACAACUCAAUCGACCAGCUCAACCAGCUUAUCAUGGACCUGGACCCGACCUUCGUGCCCAUAUCCAACCACAGCAACUCCAUCAAGAGGAACGGCGGGACACACGUGAACGGCUCUGGGACCAAGUGUUCCAACGGAAUCAAACUCAGGUUCAAUGAUUCUAACGGUGGGACGCUGAAAAACAGGCAGCAGCCAGCGGUCCAGUCCAGCGAGGCAGAGCUCACUCGGACCCUGAGUCGACAAGGAAGUGAUGCACCGGAUCUGCCUGGGUUUUGCAGUCCAGGAUGGGGAGCGACGGAUGACUACCAGAGGACUUACUCUCCUAGCGUGCCGAAAUCUCAGCACGCGCUGUACAGAAGCGACAGCGCAGAGUGUCGAACACACGGACAGGACAUGGACAGUGGGGUUGAAGCGGGAAGUGACAUGACUCCACCCACUCCGGCUUUUCCCAUAUCGCCGCCUACGCCAUAUGUCAAAAACAUGUCGGAAUUCUCUCAGCUCCGACAGACCCCUCCGACCGUGCAGUCUUACGGAGGCUACAGGACGGAUCACGACCCUCGAGGAUAUUCCGAAGUGGCGAACCGUGAAGACGGUUUAGUGGACGCUUCCAUGAACUACCACCGAACACUGAGUGGAGUUCAGUCCAUCUCGGUCGUUGGCACCAGCCAAAGAGCUGACAGCUCAUCGAUGAACCAGUCGUGGCCGGAGCAUCCCGUCUUGAGUCGUCACUCAUCUCUCAGCAGCUACCAGUCAUCUCGACCGCCACUCCAGCACAGCAUGUCUCUGGAUUAUGGCCACCACUCUCCCCCUCUUCAUCACCCUCACAUCCACCCAGCGCCCAACGCUCACAGCUCCCCUCGGAGCAGCCAGCGAAGCCGAAUGGCUCGCUACGCUCUCAGCCAGAGUCCCGCUCAAUGUCUGGACGAGCAAGAGGACUCAGGUCUUGGCUACGGAAUGGACUGUCCUUCGUCUACCUCGACACGGCUGGGAAAUGGAGGCAUGGAAAGGGACCUACUCGGCCACAUGGAUGGGAAGCAGUUGGACCAAAUGCAGCCGCCGAAUCUGCCUGAGAAAAAGCGGGUAUCCGAUGGAGAACACUCCUUGGGGACUGCUUCUCCAGCCCUUAGUGGGUUCUCCAGUCCUCACAGUGGAAGUUCCUUAAGUAUUCCCUUUCCCAACACUCUGCCUGACCUCUCAUCUCAGACAGCAGGAACCACCUCCCCACUGCCAGACGUGCUGACCAGCAAGCAGGUCACCGUUAAAUUUGUGCAGGACACCUCCAAGUUCUGGUACAAGCCAGACAUCUCAAGGGAUCAAGCCAUUUCAGUCCUGAAGGACAAGGAGCCAGGAUGCUUCAUAGUGCGGGACAGUCACUCCUUCAGAGGCGCGUACGGGCUGGCCAUGAAAGUGGCCACGCCCCCACCUUCUGUUCUGCAGCAGGGCAAGAAAGGGGGCGACCUAUCCAAUGAACUUGUUCGGCACUUUCUGAUCGAGUGCACACAGAAGGGAGUCCGGUUGAAGGGGUGCCCCAAUGAGCCCUAUUUUGGAAGCCUCACUGCGCUUGUGUGUCAACACUCCAUCACACCGCUGGCUCUGCCCUGUAAACUCAUCAUCCCAGACCGAGAUCCCCUGGAGGACGUGGUGGACACCACGCCUCAGUCGGUCACCAACUCGGCUGCGGAGCUGCUCAAACAGGGAGCAGCCUGUAAUGUCUGGUACCUGGGCUCGGUGGACAUGGAGUCUCUGACCGGAGUCCAGGCCGUACAGAAAGCCACCACCAUGACCCUGAGCUGCAGCCCUCUUCCCAUUUCAACGGUGGUCCACUUCAAGGUGUCCUCGCAGGGAAUCACUCUCACGGACAACCAGAGAAAACUCUUCUUCAGGAGACACUACAACGUCAACACCGUCAUAUUCUGUGCACUUGACCCUCAAGAUAGAAAGUGGAAGAAAGAAGGCUGCCUUUCCGCCAAGAUAUUCGGAUUCGUGGCGAGGAAAAGCGGCACUUCCACUGACAAUGUUUGUCACCUUUUCGCGGAGCACGACCCGGAACAGCCGGCCAGCGCCAUCGUCAAUUUCGUGUCCAAAGUGAUGAUCGGGUCUCAGAAGAGUAAAUAGAAGGAGCGUGGAGAAGCCGAUCUCCUGGAGAGAUUGGAUUGGAGGAAUAGGAGUUAGUUCUGGCUUCUGUAACCAAAAACACUGUUACAUAUCGGUCAAGCUUCGGGCAUCAGGAGGACGAGAGGAGGUCCUACUUAGCUCUGCUGACAAGGCUUCAUGAAAACAGUUGAUGUGCUUCCAACGCGACUCUCCUGACUUCAAAUAUAAAGCUAUCAUAACUGGAUGAACGGCCUUCUUGACCUCAAGCUCUCCUGCAUGCAUAUUCCCUAUGCAAUGUACAUUUAUUUUUCUAUACUCAUCAUCUCAGUCGUGUACAAUACGUGUAUUUUAUGAGCUCUAUUGAUGUAUAUGGUUGUAAAAGCUGUCGUGUGCAAGAGUGAGUGAAUGUGCCAGAAUAUUUUAAUAAUAUAUACGUAUAUAUAAAAAGAAAUUUAGUCUUAAGUUGUGGGGCUCCGUCGCGUCAGACAUCACUGCAGUGUUGAUGUAUUUUUACAACGCUGCUACAAAAAUGAAAUGGCUUUAUUAGUGUCGGGAGGUUUUAUGCUGCGUCCACACUGCUCUGUUUUUAGAUAAAAUACGCUGAUAAGACGUACCAAUGUUGUCAUUUCUGUUAUCUUCAGUGUUGAACUUUUUGCUGUCAGUUCUGGCUUCAAAUGUUGUUUUUCAAAGCAUGUUCCAUAAGUGAACUAAUAACUAAGUAACUAAUAACUCUAGACAUUACAAACCUAUUAAAUCUAAAUUAAUAUAAAGUAAUCUUAAAAGAUUUGACUAUCAAUUCUGAUAUUUUGGAAUACAUUUAAAUUAAUCGUACGCGUCAAUUUCUCAACUACAGCUGUUUUCAUCACCAAGUUUGACAUAUAUGAGCAAUGAGAUCUCAUUUUCUUGUGAAACGUCAAAAGGAAUUUAAUCGACUUGGUUGUAAAUGUAAACAGUUCUUUUUUACGAGCUUAAAACCAUCGAUUCUGACGAUGUAAAAAAGUCAAAUUGUACUUCCUACCGACGUCUGUUACGUACUAUAGAAGACAGUCUUCUGUGAUCUGUGACAGUUUAAAGCUAACGUUCAGUUUUAUCUUUUAAACAGAGCAGUGUGGACCCACAUGAGCAAACACGUGAGAUAGAGACGCCUCAGCUAGAGACUUGCUUGUAUUGUAUAUGAGAUGGCGACUGAAUAAACUACAUUUCCCUCACCGGGAGCUGCUGCCAUUAACUCUGCUCUUCUUCUCCCACAUAUGCGUACCUCACUUAUCUCACACCGUACUGGACCUCUGCUUGUAUCACAAAAUGUUUUGUUUGUAUAUUGUUGUUUUCUGUAAAUAAACGAAAA